AUGGGAAAAUAUAGAAAAAGGUUCAACGAGAAGGCUCGUGCUGGUAUGCUUGCCAAGCAAGCUGCCCUCAAGAAAGCCAGGCAGAAACAAUUCACUCGCCAUCUUGAUGAUGGUACUGACGACCAGCCUAAGGAAGAUGCAACGGAGCUACUGACUACAGAAAGCAAUCCCAAUGCUGAUAUUCUCAAACCAAUGACUGACGAAGAGAAAGCUGAAAGAAAGCGUAAACUUGCAGAAGCAUUGUACACAGAAAACGAAAAGGAAGCCAAACUAUCCAGAGCCAAGAGAAAGAGACUAGACAAGUACAUUGAACAUCAGCUCAAGAGAGAGGAAAAGAAGAUUCUUCUUGAAAAGCUUUCUGGUACAAAGAUCGAUACAAAACAGCUCGCUCCUUCAAAGCUUCUAGGGCAAGGAAAACAGACCCGUAGGGAAGAGAUGAUCGAGGCACUAGAGCUCGAGAGACAAGGCAGAGGAGACGAGCAUACCAAAGAAGUCUUGUACGAGGAGCAUGAAGCUAAACCUUGGCCAGAGGAUGAAGGUCUGGAAGGGCUGGAAGAUGAUGAAGAGCCCGAGGAGGAGUUUCCCUCUACUGAGACAAAGUCAUCAUUCGUCGACUUCAGACCUCAGAAAUCAGGCGGGACAGGAAUGGGCUUUGGUUUUGCCAAUGUCACUAGAAUUGAAACCGAUAAACCUGCUAAAAAGAAAUACACAUGGAGACUUAAGGUUGAGCAGGAGGAGAAGAGAAGAGCCAAGAUCGAGGAUGAUAACGAUUUCGCUCUGAGCAGUGAAGACGAAGAUGCGGAGGAAGAACAAGAAGGCGAACUUUCAAGUGAAGUUUCAGAAGCUCCUGGGUCUGAAGAUGAGGCUGUGGAUGCCCAAGCUGAAUCUGAAAGUGCAGAUGAGUCUGGUUCUGAAGAGAGCUCUGAAGCUGAAUCAAGUGAAGAUGAAGAUGAUGACAAUGAAGAAGAUGAUGAUGACGAAGAAGAUGAAAGUGAAGACUUUGAGGAAGAAGAUGAUUCACAUCUUCCGAGAUUAUUGCAGAACAAGCCUAAGCAUUCUAAGGUGGCUGCGUCCUUUAAGGAUUGGGCCGAAGAGCAGGUCAGGAAGCUCGAGGGCAGAACCGAAAUGGUCCUUCCAGAACUCAAGAAGGAGACUCUUGACGAAUAUGGAAAAGGUCUUCAUGAAGAUAAAGCUUUCUCAGAUGACGAGAAUGCCAUUCCAAUCAACAUGAAUCUCAAAAGAGAAGCCUUUUAUGUUAACGUGACCCGUCCGCUAGAUAUCCAGCAACAGCGUAUGCAACUUCCUGUUUUUGGAGAAGAACACAGAAUCAUGGAAGCUAUUCAUCAUCACGAUUGCAUUGUUCUCUGUGGUGAGACAGGUUCUGGUAAGACUACCCAGGUACCGCAGUUCCUCUAUGAAGCUGGGUUUGGUAACUUGGACUCUGAUCUUUAUCCGGGCAUGAUCGGUGUUACUCAGCCAAGAAGAGUGGCCGCUGUGUCUAUGGCUAACCGUGUUGGCUCAGAAUUAGGGGAGACACACGGUAAGAGAGUGGGCUACCAGAUUAGGUUCGAUACUACGAUCAAGAACGAAGGCCAGCCCAAUGGUACUGCUCUUAAGUUUAUGACAGAUGGUGUUCUUUUAAGAGAGAUGAUGCAAGACUUCCUUCUUACCAAGUAUUCUGCGUUGGUGAUUGAUGAAGCCCACGAAAGAAAUAUCAACACUGAUAUUCUCAUUGGUAUGUUGAGCAGAGUUGUCAAGCUUCGAAGAUCACGCAACAAGCCCCUCAAGCUCAUCAUCAUGUCUGCUACUUUAAGAGUAUCUGAUUUUUCUGAAAACAAGCAGCUUUUCCCAUCGCCUCCACCAAUUCUUCAAGUCGAUGCACGUCAGUACCCAGUGUCUGUUCACUUCAAUAAGAAGACACAGUUUGACUACUUGGAGGAAGCUUUCAGAAAAACCUGCAAGAUUCAUAAGAGGUUACCACCUGGUGGUAUUUUGAUCUUUUUGACUGGUCAGAAUGAGAUCAAUGGCCUUGUGAAAAAGUUAAGAAAACAGUUCCCCUUCAAGGGUAAAAAGUCAUUAUACGCUGAGGAUACUGGCGCCAAGUACAAAGUCAGUAACAAUGUUGCAGCAGAAGCUGAAGAUAUUGACCUUGAUAUUGCAUUAAGAGAAAAAAGGAGACAGGAUAGUGACGAAGAAGAGGGCUUUGAUGAAGUUGCCGAGCCAGGCCAAUCAGAAAGUGAUCCACUUUAUGUUCUCCCGCUUUAUUCUACUCUUCCUACCGCACAGCAAAUGAAGGUAUUCGACACCGUACCAGAAGGAAGUAGGAUGUGUAUUGUCGCCACAAAUGUUGCCGAGACUUCGCUUACCAUUCCAGGUAUACGUUAUGUGGUGGACUGUGGCCGUGCAAAGGAGAGGAAGUAUGAUGAAGAAAAUGGCGUGCAGUCGUUCGAGGUGGACUGGAUCUCCAAGGCGUCUGCUGACCAGAGAGCAGGAAGAGCAGGUAGAACUGGUCCCGGUCACUGUUACAGGAUUUUCUCUUCUGCAAUCUAUGAAGAAUACUUCCCUCAAUUCAGCAAGCCAGAGAUUCUCAGAAUGCCAGUGGAAAGUACCGUGCUUACCAUGAAGAGCAUGGGCAUAGACCAGAUUGUUAAUUUCCCAUUCCCAACACCACCAGAUAGAAGGGCCUUGAGCAAGGCUGAGAAACUUCUUGUCAUUUUGGGAGCUUUGGACCGUGAGACCAAGACUGUCACAGAACUUGGAAAGACCAUGUCCUUCUUCCCACUCAGUCCUCGUUUUGCAAAGAUCCUUAUCAUUGGAAACCAGUUGCAGUGUUUGCCUUAUGUGAUUGCCAUUGUUUCAGCAUUGUCAGUGGGAGAUCCAUUUCUCGAAGAGCAUGAACUUGGGUUGGCGAACGUGAAGAACAAGGAUGAAGAGGAUGACAUUACGGAAGAUAUUGAGACACAGGCUGACCUCGAAAAGAAGAGAAGAUUGAGAGGGAAGUUCUACAAAUCCAGAGCAUUGUUUUCUAGACUCGAUUCUUUCUCGGAUGCUUUGAAGCUUUUAAGCGCAGUUUGUGCUUUUGAUCAUGUUCCUUCCAACAAGAGAAACAAUUUCUUCAAAGACCAGUUCCUCAGGCCUAAGGUGAUGGAGGAGAUCUCGAAGCUCCGUAAGCAAGUGAGUGCAAUUGUUGCAAGUAACAUUUCUUCAGACACCAUUGCAGACAAGCUUGACCAACCAGCUCUGAAGUUGGGUGUGCCUUCGAAGGAACAGAUUGCAGCCAUCAAGCAAUUUGUCGCCUCUGGUUUUGUCGACCAAGUCGCCAUCAGAAGUGAUACCAUCGAUGCUGAUAUUAAGCUUUCAAAGAAGGCAGCUGUGACGACUGUUCCUUACAGCACCAUGGGACACGACUUUGGCCCUGAGAUUGACCCAUAUGUAUACGUACACCCAGGUUCUGUCAUGGCCUCCGCAGGAAAAACCCCACCACAAUACGUGGUCUACCAGCUGCUCAACUUGGGUAGCAACGUCACUGAAGGAAAGGUGUCUAAAUUGAAGAUGAAGUCGCUUGUUGAUAUCUCAGGCAAGCAGCUAGCUAAUGUUGCCAAGGCUUCAUCCCUCAUAACAUACUCAAAGCCUUUGGGCCAUCCAUACGGGCCAAAGAACAUUUCGUCUACCAAGAGAGAGUGCUAUGUUGUUCCCAGGUAUGGUGCUUCUAUUGGUGAUGGUGGAUUGGGCUGGGACUUGCCAGUUAUCAAGGUGGAGGAUGAAUUCGAUGAUGAUUCGCUUCUAAUUCCAGAAAACGUCGUUGAUCAGGCAUCGCAAAGACUCUUCUUGGUGUCUGUCUUCGUGCUCAUCCAAUGCUGGAAAAUCUACGAUAUACUAUUAAUCAAAGCAGAUUCGUUUUCUGCCCAUAUGGCGUUGGAUAGUGGGAGUACGGUGCAUCAGUCAUUUACAUCAUUGAAUAACUUUACAUUCGUGUUGAAGUAUGCCAUCAUUGAUGGGUUCUUUCUAUGGCUGCUACCGGUGCUCAAUGUGCCAUUGCUAAGGUUUCUGCCCUUGGUGACGCUACUACUUACAAUUCUUGCUACGGCAUUUACGUUCUUGCUAGCUAGCGACUCGGCGGUCCCGCUUCUUUCAGGUGCUUUCGUGCCGUUGUGGAACCUAGUGUUUCGCAACAAGGAACUCACAAUUGUGGGUGAUGCAGUGAACCCACAAGCGGUGAGUGAUAUGAAUGCUCAUUUUAAGGGUAGCUAUACUAUCAGGUACCUUCCAGAAUCAUCGGUUCAUCUUAAUCCUUUCCAUUUCGAUAGAGUCUGCUUGGAGGCUUCGCCUAACGAGUACUCCACUUUCCCUUCGACUGUCAAAUUACCGAUUGAAUUCAACACCACUACGGAUAUUGGCUUUAUGCAAAUCCAGCAUACUUCUCCCUCCAAGAAGGUCUCUUACCUUGAGUACUCUGCCAGAGACGUUAGUAAGCUACUACGCAGAGACUACUCCCAUCUCGCAUCAUAUCCAUCCUACGUCACGACGGAUGAGCGUGUCUUCUAUUUGGAGAUUAAUAUCAAUAAGCCAGGUACUUAUAAAAUUUCUAGAGUGACCGAUAAAGAGGGUGCCGUGAUUCGCUCAUACAAAUCUGAGUUUUCAAUUGCCCAUUGUCCUUCUUCAAGAUUUGUCUACCCAGGACUAGAACUGGCGUACUCCAAGUCCAAGUGUGUGGGUGAAAGCUUAAAUGACUUUGACUGGACUUUACCGUUGGUUGAGUCAUAUGGUGUGCUUCCUUUGGAGAUUCAGAUGGCUGCUGAGGUCAAUGGUAAGCAGAUAAGCAAAUUCAAUACCACCAUCACGGAAACAACUGCUGAUCAAGGUACUAAUGCCAUCACAAAUGCAGUUAAAUUGACUAGAAAUGCUUUAGAAAGGGAAGUGCUUAAACAACAUCUGUCUUUCACCAAGAGCGCUCCUGGCUCUAUAAAGUUUCACCUUCUUGGCAUCACGGACUAUUUGGGUAACUCGAGAAAGUACAAUCCAUCUUCUACUGAUAAGGAUGUUUUGUAUUCUUUAGACCUCAAACGUUCCCCAAUAGUGCUGCUUAUUGAUAGAUACCCGCAGAAGCCACUACUAGUCAAUUCAUCGAAACGCAUUUACUUCCAAUCCAAGUAUGAAGUAUCGUUUCCUUUGACACUCACUUUGCAACAUGAAGAUGCCGAACCUGGGUCGACUCCACAGAAUCUCACUUAUACAUUCAGAGAUUCCACUGAUCUCGCUAAUGGUAUUGAAAUAAGGAGACCGGGUACUUACACUUUGCUCGAAGGUUCCGACAAAUCUUGUCCUUGUGACAUCGAGAAGCGGUCAGUUGUCAUAACUACUCCAGAACCACCAGUGGUAAAGAUUAUUGGUAACCCUCUCACUGAUAAGUGUGUUGGUGACAUUGGUCUUCAAUUUGACGUUGAUUUCGAGGGAACUGGUCCGUUCAGGCUUCUGUACCAGGUAUUCAAGAACCAAACUGGCAGACUCAAGCCAAUCCUCAAUGGAAGAGGAAUGGCACUUCACACCAAAUCUUCGACUAACGAUAACCUUAGCUUCCAAUACAAACCUGAUCAGGAAGGCGGUUAUGUAAUUGUUUUCAAGGAGUUGAGAGACAAAUACUAUCAAGACACACCUGUUCCGAUAGACGAACUGUCCAAUACAUUUUCGAUCUAUUCAAGGCAACGUUCUGUUCUUUCGGUAUUGCCUGAUUCAGCUAGGAAGGUGAUAGAGCUUUGCAAAGGUGAACAAGCUGAGAUUCCGCUCUCCUUUAGCGGCAACCCACCUUUCUCAUUCAGUUACCAAAUUGUUGAUCAAUCUUCAAAGAAAGUGGUGGCACAUGAGAAGGUAUCCAGUUUGGCUGAAGAGUCAUAUGACAUCACAACUCCUAAGUUCGACAAAGGUGGCAACUUCGAAGUUCAGAUCGUCGAUGUGGUUGAUUCGCUUGACUGUCCAGUUGAGAUUCCUAGCAAGUCGUCUGUUGUCAUUAAUGCUAGGAAGCACAUUCCUGAAGUGAGAAUUUCUCGUAACGAAACUUUCAGGAUUGUCGAAGGUGAUUCUGUCGAUAUCCCAUUUGCAUACAAGCACACGUCACUGUCACCUACCAAAAAGCUUCAGUUGGGUGUCCAAAACUUAUAUGAUUCGCGUGAUGUGAAGAACAUUUCGAUCAGCGCAACUGAUACGAUUCGGGUUAGGGAAGAAGGAAUCUACAAGCUCAACUCUUUCAAGGAUGAGAAGUGUCCCGGUGCAGUUACCGACUUAAAUUCAUUCGUUAAAGUUGUCUAUCAUCCUAAGCCAAACCUUACGUUUACAACAGAUGAGCGUAAUGUUUUGAAGCAACAUUCAAAUGGCGAAAGAUCACUUCACUUGAAACCAGUUUGUCAAAAUUCAAAGUUACAAGUCAAGCCUUCGCUUGAAGGUUCCGGUCCAUUCCAAGCUAACCACCGUGUCAGCUAUCCCGAUGGAACGAGUGUGAGUGAUAUUGUACCAAUGCCUGAUGACAUUAUUGAUUUGCCCACAGAGAGGGAAGGCCAGUAUGAGCAUACUUUCUCUGAAGUUUACGAUACGCUUUACACCCAGGGAAUCUUAUCCAGGCUCCAACAUAAACAGGUGCCUUCUGUCAUUCGCUACUCUGUCCUUCCUAAUCCUGAAUUGAAAAUUGCUAAAGGCAAGCUGCAUAUCCAGAUCUGUGAAUCCAAGGUGAAGAACUCGGGCGAUAUUCAUAUUCCAAUUCCCGUGGACUUCAAGGGACAAGCUCCGUUCUCUAUAAGAGGUGCAAUCAGACACACGAAUACCGACAAGUUUGAAAAGUUCACAGUUCAUGACGUCUCUGAUCUGCAUAUCGAUCUUGGAAAGGUUGAAUUUGAGGGAAGAACCUUGGGAGAUAUUCUCACCAUUGGGGAUCAUCUUGUGGUCUUUGAGGAUGUUUCAGAUGCCAACUCUUGUCAGAAUGCUCAACUUCGUUCUCACAAUACCGUUUCCAUUUCGGUGACUAAGGUUCCAGAAAUAAGGAAGGAAAGCCAAAAGGACUACUACUGUGUGGGAGACCAUGUUUCAUAUCGCUUGCAAGGUAUUUCACCAUUCAUUGUUUACUACAACUUCAAUGGCCAAACCAGAAAGGCUGAGGUGGGCCAUGAUUUCCAGAGAUUGGCAGCUAGGCCUGGAGAGCUCUCUAUUAUGGCAUUACAAGAUGCUUCUGUAAGCCGUUGUUUGGUGAACUAUACUACGAUUCCGGAAAAAUUCGAGGAACUCAAGAUCCAAAUCCAUCAAAUUCCAUCUGUGGAGAUCAGUCAUGGUGGUAUUAUUAUUGAGAAGUUACACGAAGGUGACCAAGCUGAAAUCUUCUUCAAGUUCAGCGGUGUCCCACCGUUUGAAAUCACAUACGUCAGAACAGUUGGCGAUGAAGUCGGAAGCCUGAAGAGAAGAAAGGGCUCCAAGCAACCUGGAAGCAAGAGAAAGGUCGUGGACACCAAGACAAUAACCGAUAUCUGGGACUACGAGCUCACCGAGGUCGUCAGUCUUGAAGGUACUUACGAUGCCAUCCGCGUGAAGGAUGCGUACUGCCAGGCUGUUAGAGAUGUCAAUGAACUUCUCUAA